AUGGACCAUACUCUCAACAUGGAGAGCCAGUGCUUUGUACCAAUCGACACAUCCUUUUCCUUUGCCUCGUCACCUGAUGCCCCAGUCACCCCUACCUCAUCACCUAGAUCAGACUGGAUGGAAUCAGUGCCCUUGGAUUACAGCGAUGUCUACAACAACGCAUACUACUGGACAAAUACGACAUGUCCAGCCUCUUCAUUCAUGUCAGACAGUACUUGUUCCGAAACCGUCCGAGGAGGCUUGCCGUAUCAACAUGUUUUACAUCAACAGUAUGUCGACAUCGACUAUCAACAGUUGCCAUAUACAAGCGAGGUCGACAUCAGCCCAGUCGGUCCGAUCAGUCCAUUCCCGAUGCCCACUACACCUGGAACAGGCGACAAUUACUUCACUGUCGGCACGAUAAUGUCUCCCCAAGCUCUGUCCCGUUCUGGGAGCAUUGCGUCCAUGCCUUCAUUGUCUUGUUCCAGCGACAGCCCUCUCUCAAUCGUUUCCGAGAGACGGGUCUCAGAUGUCUCAAGUUGUCUUGACCAGGACCCUUACCCACUCAGUGUUUGCCCGCUGCGGGACUCCAGGUCGAUCUAUGAUGCGGAAUCUCCACCAGAGACGCACAACCUCGCAGACGAGACACCAAUGUCUCUUCAGCGGAAGGCUCCGAAAUCAAGAAAGCAAACAAUCGAGACAUCUGCUUUCCGAGCAACAAUCAUCAAAAAGGCAACGGGUGCAUGUGACUACCCAGGAUGCAACAAAGCCUUUCGGCGCAUUGAGCACCUCAAGCGACAUAAGCAAACAUCUCACGGUGAAGGAGAAAACAGCUUUGUCUGUGAGUUUUGUGGAAAGGAUCAAUUUAAUCGUUACGACAACCUCCAGACUCACCGAAGGCUGCAUGCGCGACACAACAAGCGCUAUCGCAGCAUCAAGUUUGUUCCUGCAGCGGUGGACAUCAUUGCAGAAGAGGAUCGCACCAGGAAGAGACGAGUUACGUAUAGGUCCAAGGGGAUGGCAGUGCAAGACUGGCGGGUUCACGGAUGA